UCGUUACUCGUUCGAGUUGAUUAGGCUGUGGUGUGUUGUUCUCUGUUCAGUCAUCAGUGACUUACGGACUUCAGUUUUGCUUCAGACUUUAGUGUAGUCUGUAGACUGUACGUAUUUACUUCUUGGUACGUACGGCGUGUAGAAAACGCUGAAUUUGUGUUUUUUGAGAUAGCCGGUGCUUCUGUGUCACCCAAUAUAUCAAUUUUACUGCUAAUGCAAAAGUUAUCACCCCAAUAAUUCAUGCAAAUUGCAAUCCCCUAGUGUGAACUGUACUAAAAUAGUUUCGCCCGUAAAAAAUACCACGUGUGCGUGAGAAAGUGCCGAAAGAUUUCUCUAACCAAGAAUACCGGUUGUGAGAUUCUAUAUACAUUAAAUAGUUGAAAUGGCACAAGGGGAUAUCGAUAUUCGUGAUGGGCUGUCAGCUCUAGAUAUGUUUGUGAACAGCGAGGGCUUAACAUACAAUGAUUUUUUAUUAUUACCUGGUUAUAUUGAUUUUACUGCUGAAGAAGUAGAUUUGACAUCACCACUUACAAAGAAGAUAAGCCUCAAAGCACCCUUGGUGUCAACUCCUAUGGAUACAGUGACUGAAGCAGACAUGGCAAUAGCAAUGGCCUUAUGUGGUGGAAUUGGAAUAAUUCAUCACAACUGUACACCUGAAUACCAAGCUAAUGAAGUUCACAAAGUCAAAAAGUAUAAACAUGGUUUUAUUAGAGAUCCUAUGUGUAUGGGUCCGGAACACACUGUUGCUGAUGUUAUUGCAGCAAAGAAGGCUAAUGGAUUCACUGGUUACCCAGUUACUGAGAAUGGCAAACUGGGUGGCAGAUUAAUUGGUAUAGUGACAUCUAGGGAUAUUGAUUUUAGGGAGGGAGAUCCUCAUUUAAGCCUUAAAGAGGUUAUGACUCCCAUUGAUGAAAUGAUUACAGCACAAUCAGGUGUCACUCUCCAGGAUGCUAAUUAUAUUCUGGAGAAAAGUAAGAAGGGUAAGCUACCCAUAAUCAAUGGACAAGGAGAACUAGUAGCUCUUAUUGCGAGGACUGAUUUAAAGAAAGCCCGGAGCUACCCGAAUGCAUCAAAGGACUCAAAUAAACAAUUACUAGUUGGUGCUGCAAUUGGUACCCGAGAAGCUGACAAGGAACGCUUGAAGAUGCUGGUAACCAAUGGAGUUGAUGUUAUCAUACUAGACUCGUCUCAGGGCAAUUCUGUGUAUCAAGUAGAAAUGAUAAAAUAUAUAAAAAAAAAUUAUCCUGAUAUUCAAGUCAUUGGUGGAAAUGUUGUAACAAGAAUGCAAGCAAAGAAUCUUAUAGAAGCUGGGGUGGAUGCACUCAGAGUGGGCAUGGGCAGUGGUUCCAUUUGUAUUACUCAAGAAGUAAUGGCAUGUGGAUGUCCCCAAGCUACUGCUGUGUAUCAAGUUGCAUCAUAUGCAAGACAGUUCAAUGUACCAGUGAUUGCAGAUGGAGGAAUACAAUCUGUGGGGCACAUUGUUAAGUCACUCGCAUUAGGAGCAUCCACUGUUAUGAUGGGAUCACUCCUUGCAGGAACAUCAGAAUCUCCAGGAGAAUACUUCUUUUCAGAUGGAGUAAGACUCAAGAAGUAUAGAGGUAUGGGAAGUCUUGAGGCCAUGGAAAACAAAGAUGGCAAAGGUUCUGCUAUGAGCAGGUACUUCCACAAGGAAUCAGACAAGCACAGAGUAGCUCAAGGUGUGAGCGGAAGUAUUGUUGACAAAGGUUCUGUAUUAAGGUUCCUUCCAUAUCUACAAGCUGGAAUGCAACACAGUUGCCAAGACCUUGGAGCAAGAUCUGUAGCCAAGCUACAAGAGAUGAGUUAUUCAGGAGAUCUGAGAUUCAUGAAGAGGACAUACUCAGCACAAUUAGAAGGCAAUGUGCAUGGAUUAUUUUCUUAUGAAAAAAGAUUAUUUUAAUUGAAUAUCUCUACAGUACAAUGCAUCUUUUUGUGAUAUAUAUAUUGUUUUUACGCUACAGUGAUAAAAUAUUGUAUAUAAUGGAGUGGGUAUAAAAUUGAAAGAAACAGAAGAAUCAAUCUAAUGAUUGUCUUCAGUUAAGAGAAUAUGGAAUGUAUAUUAAUGAUAUGGUCAUGCUUAUAUAAGUAAGUAGUGCACUAAUGAAUUGAUAUAUUUCCAAGCACUCCUUUUUAUAAAACCUAUAUCACUGUUAUUAAAAGUUAAAUAAAUUUUUGUAUUUGUAUAUAGAGACAUUAUUUUUUUAAACAGAAGUAUUGCCAGUUUUCACAAUGAUAAAAUAUGUAAUAUA